GCAAGGGCGGGGAGACGAGAGCAGGGCCAGCCUUCCCGCGCCGCUGUGUUUACAACCGAAGCCGACUCUUCCGGGCUGCCCUCUCCAGGCUCGGCCUGCUGCCCCCACUAAACCUUCCUCGCUCGCUCUUCCAGGCCGGGUCAAUGCGGUGCCUUCCGCCGCCGGGCCAUGGACACCAGCGACCUCUUCACCAGCUGCAAAAAGGGCGAUGUUUGCCGAGUGCGAUACCUUCUUGAACAGAGAGAUGUUGAAAUCAAUGUCCGAGAUAAAUGGGACAGUACUCCUUUGUAUUAUGCUUGUCUCUGUGGACAUGAAGAGCUUGUUCAGUACCUUCUGGCCAAUGGUGCAAAAUGUGAAGCAAACACCUUUGAUGGGGAGCGCUGUUUAUAUGGGGCCUUGAGUGAUGCUAUCCGGCGGGUGCUGAAGGAAUACAAGCAGAUCACAGCAAAGUGCAUGAAGAGGGACUACUAUGAUGUCUUCCUGCAACGGCUUCUGGAACAGGGCUACCAAAGUGACAUUGUCUUUAUUGUCCAUGGGAAAUCUUUCUGUGCCCAUCGCUGCAUACUUGGUGCCCGAAGUGCAUAUUUUGCAGAAAUGUUUGAGAGCAAGUGGAAAGGGAAGAAUGUCAUAGUGCUCAAGCAUCCACUGAUCAAUCCAGCUGCCUUUGGCUCCCUUCUGCAGUACCUCUAUACAGGGCGUUUAGACAUAGAUGUUGAAUAUGUGAAUGACUGCAAAAGAUUGGCCAAACAAUGUUGGCUCCAGGAUCUCAUUGAUGACUUGGAAACGAAAUGUAAAAAGGUGUACGAAUUCGUCUCCUCCAAGCCAGGAACUUGUGUGAAGGUACUGACAAUUGAGCCCCCAGGUAACUCACGGCUGCAGGAAGACCUGGCUCUGCUAGCAGACUGUGCCCUGCCAGCUGAACUCAGGGUAGGUUUUGGAGAGUUACCAUUUGACAGCACUGACAGCUUCAGCAGCUGUCCUGACGUAUGUUUCCGGGUGGCAGACUACAAUUUCUUGUGUCACAAGGCAUUUUUCUGUGGCCGCAGUGACUAUUUCAAAGCUCUCCUGGAGGAUCAUUUCUCUGAAAGUGAGGAGCUGCAGAGCCAGCCCAGCAUCCCUGUGGUGACCCUUCAUGACAUUUCAGAGGAGAUCUUCAUCAGGGUCCUCUAUUAUAUCUACAGUGAUGACACAGAGCUUUCUCCUGAGAAUGCCUAUGAGGUGUUGUGUGUCGCAGACAUAUACCUGUUACCUGGGCUCAAGCGUCUGUGUGGGAGAACUUUGGCCCAGGUUCUUGAUGAAGAUAGUGUGGUCAGCAUCUGGAAGAUUGCAAAGCUGUUCCAGCUGACUCGGCUGGAGGACCAGUGCACAGAAUACAUGGCAAAGAUCAUUGAGAAGCUGGUGGAGCUUGAGGAGUUUGCAGUGGCAGUGAAGGAGAAUGCCGAGGCAGUGGAAGAACGGCAGGAGACAGACUCCAUCCCUCUUGUUGAUGACAUCCGUUUCCACAUAACCAGCAACGUGCAAACAUACAGUGCUAUUGAAGAAGCUAACCAAAAACUGGAAGCUCUGGAUAAUCUUCUGGGCAGUAUAGGACUUGAAUGCUAAUCUGGAAAAUCUCCUUUGUGACUGUAUGGCGGAUCAGCUCAAAGUUCAGUUACCGAUGCUAUUCUCAUCUUUUCUUCCCUCCUUGCCCCUGAAUGUUAUAGCUCCAUUCACUUUUUGUGCAUACUAUCAGUUUCUAAUGUCUUUAGUAUCUUGACUGAUAUUUUUUUCCUUUCCCAAGAAUUAUGUCUCAAAAGCAGUUCACAUUUUGGAAAGAAAACAGUUUGUAUUGAUAGCACAAGUCCAAUUUAAGGAAAGUAUGAUUUGGCACAUUGUGAUAUCACCAGAUGUCACAGACCAACAGUGUCUACUGAAAAUUGGUGUAACCUGCAGAGGAUUGGCACAACAGGUUCCUGCUAGAAGACCAAAGCAGAUGAAAUUCAAGACCGUGGCCAGUUAAGAUUAAACCAGGUUGUCUUCCAUGGCCCAUAUUUUACAGGAGAAAUUAGAUGCUUUUACAAAGCUGUAGGUGUGUUGUAUUCAUGCAGUGCCAUGAUAACUACAUUUACAUGAUAACUACAUGAUAACUAACCCUAACCCAUAACUACCCUUGCAGAAAAGGCUGCGUCUAUUCAUACUGCAACCUCAUUUACAUGAGAUUUACAUCAGCCUUCCCCAACCUUGUGCCUUCCAGACAUGUUUGGAUUUUUACACCCACAGUUCCCAGCCAAUGGUCCUUCUGGAUAGGAAUUCUGGAAGUUGCAGUCCAAAUGCCUCUGAAAGCCCCCAGGUUGAGGAAGACUGAUUUACAGUGUAAGCAGAAGAAAAAACUCAGGUUUCUGUUUUGAUCUUCCAGAAGCUCAUGUUAAUUUGCAAGUUUGGUUUUCUUAUUCCCCAUUUUCAUUACACUCUAUAGUGUGGCAUUCUACCAAAUUGCAUGGCUUGGCAUUUGUCUUGAGUGCAAAAGCACAUGGCUGCCUACUGCAUUGAAACUGCUGCCUUUGUAGGGUGCACUCAACUGUGAAGGUGCAGCAGGAAACGUUGCUUCAUACCUGUUUCACUGCAAGCACAAUCAUGGCAUUUCUUAGAUUUCACUGGAUUCGAGGGAUUAGUUGAUGUGAUCUACCAACACUUCAGAAUCUGGUGUGGAAUGGGUGUGUGCAUGCUUGCAUGAUUCUGUGAUGGACAGAUACAAUAGUUUUCCUUUGCAGUGGAAGCAAAAAUUAACCCUGUGCAGAUGCUGGUGUUCGGUGGGAUGAAGGAAUUACUGUCAUGCUGACUGGGUCCGCCUCUUGACACACCCAGUGUCCACACAUUUAACGUCCACAGUUGUGUACACCAGUGCACAUAGGGGGCUCUUAUGUCUGGAACACACAUGCAGAUCCUUAUGUAAAUAUGAUAUUCAGCACUUAGCUGUUGGAUGCACUGACAGUGUCAGGUCAAAUGUCGUAUCCUUAUACAAUAGCUAUGUUUAUUUUGUCCAAUGACAUUAGAAGCUAUAAAUGGUUUUGUCAAGUUGAUUAUUAUGGCUGCUAAGAGUUGUAAGAGAAGUAAAUCCUUUCCUAACUUGGCAAAGUGGGACAAGGUUCUCCUGUUCUGUGCUGGAAAAUAACUACAAGCAAAGCGGUGAGCCUAGGACACAGAAGUUCUUAUAGUUAGUAUUAGUUACGAGCCGUUCAUCCAUCAAUUGCAAUAACAUGGAGAGCUGGAGGAAGGUAUAACCUGGGCUGUAUAGUGCCAUUCCAGCUUCAGUGUAAGCAUUUAUCCCUGCUGAAUUUGGUAAAAAUCAGAUACACUCUUUAGGCUGCUUGAGUUAGUGGGUUUUAAAGGCAAACAACUCUUAAAUUUUCCAAGCAAUCACUUCUUUGAGACUUCAGCAUGUUCUCUCUGGCUUGCAAGAGUAGUUUAGGGAGGUUUGGGGAGAAAAUGAGAAAUGCAGGAAAAGGGUGUGUUGCUAAACCUGGACAUUUUAACACUGGCCAAGGAAUUGCCAGGCUCUUAACACAUUACAUCUUUAGGAUUGUGCACUUAUGAAUACAAACCUGAUAGGGAAAUAGGUACAGUCCAUUUUGGGGGAUCAUUGUUCAUGUACAGUGAUUGCUGCUAAGUGUCACUGCAAUUCCAUUCAUAGGUUAGUUACCUUUAGUGGCAGCAUUGGUCCUGCCGAUGUGAUAUUGUGCCCCUAUUUUCUAACUUCCCAUGCUCUGCUUGCAACCGAAGUGAGGCCAAGAAUGUGUUUCUUCCUUUCCAUGGCCAGGGCCGUGGUGAAGUCAGAAUGCUAUCUGCACCUCCGACCUCAGUUUUCUGUCUAUUUUCUUAUUGUAACCGGGUUCUAGGCAACCGUAUAAGCUGGGCUGUUACCUGCCAAACUAGGCAUACCUUUUGUUAAGUGCUUUGUGCCAGAGUUGAGGUACAGCAGUAGGUGGUAGAUGUGUAUGCCCAGCAGUGUGCUGUUCAUGCCACUUAACAGAUACAGUAGCUGAACUGAGUGUGUUUCUGGUCUUGUCUUGGUUGUCUCCGGAGGCUUGUAUAUUACCUUGUAGGUGGUGAUGUUUCCAAGUGGACUCUGGGUGUUGAGUCACUUCAACUCUGUCUUGUUUCAGGCUCUGCUUUGCAGAACAUAGAACAUCUCAUAGUAAAGUUUGGCCUCUAAAUGAGACUUUCCUCAAUUGUACAUGAACAUAACCCAUAAUGGUACUAUACAUCAGGGUGCAAAUACAGAAAGGACGCAUGCAGUGUUUGCGUUUAAAGUUGAAACCUUUCAUCUUUACAAGAGUGGCUUAGAAUGUUGAUGCUUUGUUUCCUGAUUGUGUGCCAGGAAAGACACACCUGUUAAAAGGAGUGAUGCUUACUCAGGUGGAAAGGUCUAUUAUACAGGAACAGUAAACUAGUCACCUGGCCAAGUUAUUGCAUUUCAUUAACCAAAAGUAGUUUUUAAAGCUAAGUUUGCUUCUGGAAUGCUUGGAACCUGGCCUACCUAGGCUUAAAUCCUCUCUGUUAAGGUUUUUGUAAGAGUUGCCACCUGAAAGAACACCUCUGUGAACAAAAGGAAAUGGUGUUAGAAGGGACCUGUUACUCCUUUACUCUUCUGCUGAUGUCAUUGUGUCCCUUGGUCGUCCUCAGAGCCAUCUGAAUUUUUUCUUAUUAUAUCUGCUAUAUUUAGCAAGACGAUACAAACACUUAGAGUUUACAUGGCCACUAAAUUAUUGUGGCAAAAAGAAACUAGGAAAUACAGGGAGGUCUGGGGAAAAGCACCUUAAAAUUUUCCUAUUCCAAGUGUCCAGUAAAGUAAAAGUGAAAUGCAAGAAACAUGCCAAUGGGUCCUUGCACUUAAACAAAUUUUUCUUUUUAAGAAAACACAUUGGCUAUGAAAAGAUUUACUUCUGCAAUAAAAAGUCAGGGUGUCCUUUCUGUUUUUUACCCAGCAAGUGAUAAAGCUUUGCUUGGACUGUUACAUAUGGCAGACAAAAUAAGAGUACGUGCCAGUGUGAUUGCAUUUAAUAGCUAAGUCUCGAGUUCUUGUCCUCAGGUGAUUUGUCCCAUUACUCCAGUUGGUAGUAUUUAGUUUCUUGCCCUUUGUAUUUCUGCACAGAGAUGGGUGAACCGCUACUAGCAUAACAUACAGUGAAAAACUGUUACUUUAGAAACAAAAAAAAAAAUGAAUUAAUGGAAUUCUGCUAUUUAUUGAACUUAUUCUUGGCUAUUGAUAUAAUUGUAUUGCAAGGCAAUUUAAACAUAAGAUUUCUUUUUCCAGUUUAUUAUCCCAUUUUUGUUUAUAUUGGCUCCGCCCAUCCUUGUUUAAAAUAAGGAGAAUGUAAAGCUUUUCAGAAUGGCAUUUUAAUAUAUUUAAAAGCUUAAUAUAUAAGCAUGUGUGCAGCAAUAAAGAGUCUAUUUCAUUA